AUGGCCGCCCUCGAAAGACGAGUUCUCAUUGACGGAAAGGAGCAGUUGUCAGAUUUACGACAGUCCUCACAAGUCACACAACUCCUACAAGUCUUGUCAAAUUGUGGAUGUAUUGCGAUUAAGGAUGCUGUGAAUGCUCCGGACAACCCAGACAAUUUAUCGGAUGACAAUAUUCUACAGAAUGAACAAAUUCUUCGUAAUGAGGUCGUUCUUCAAUUCCUCCGUCGAGCUCGACCGCACGGCCGUUAUGCCUUGAUCCAUCGCCAGCUACACACGACAAGUCAGGGUGAUAGAAAGUGGCGGAAGGCAAACAACUGGGAGAAUAUGCAGGCGGGGGAUCGUUUGCAAGGGAUCUACUGCUGCCACAUUUUAGGCGCGAGAGAUGCCACCUACAAACUCGAGUUCCAAUCGCCAUCCCAAAUAGCCCGAACCUUGACUCUAAAUGGCAGAGAUAUAGUAUUGAUCACUGGCCCGACGCUCUGGAGGAUUCCCGAACCCAAUGUGCCACAAGCUGCACCCGAUAUGGUAGAGAUCAGGUACUUGUGGAUGGAUUAG